AUGGAUCCCAACGCUAAAAUGAAAUUAGCGGCCAUUAAAAUACAAUCAGUAUUUCGUGGGUUCAUGUACAGAAAUAACAUCAAAAUUGGAGUGAAGAAAAACAAAGCUGCAACAGUAAUUCAAAAAUGUUUUAGAAAAUUUCGAGCAAGAAUGAUUAUGGAACGAAUGAAACAAACCAUAUCAAUGGGAAGAAUUCAAAAGGCAGUCUCAGUCGUCAAGAAAAAGCAUGAAAUUCAAAAAGAGAUUAAUCAUCUAAAAAAAUUCGAUCAUAUUCUUACAUAUUAUCCAUCAAAAUCACUCAAUAAUCCAGAAGGUAUGCCUAAAAUACCAAAAACUUUGACAAUGUCAAAUCGUCCUAAAUCUGCUGCACAAAAAACACGUAAAUCACUAUCUAGUAACAUUACUUCCAGUGCAAAGACAUCAAGGAAAGAAGUAUCUGACUCAAAUCCAAAAACAAGAUCUUCAUUAGUUUCAAUUAAACCAAAGAAGUCGAGAAAGAUGAAAACAAUCAUAGAUUUACCGCCACCAUGGCAUGACAAAGAUCCAAAGCGUGUUUCUCAAUCACAACAAGAUGAAUUAAUGUUUCAACAAAAAGCAAACUUUGCGUGGGCAAAACAAGAGCUUAUUCCAAUAUUAAUGAAACGAUCUGAUGCUAGAAUGAAAUUAUGUGAUGAUCUAUUUGCAAAAAAUGAAAAAUUCAAAAACAGAAAAGUUGGAAAAUUAUUUAUUCAUCUUAUUCCACGUGCACAACAUAAUUUACCAAUUAUGUCUCCACAAUCAAUAGAAAGAAUCGGAAAUACAGGUGUUUUUGCAAUUUCUUCCCUUAAAAAAGCACAAUAUUUUAAAAUUUCAGGAACAAUUGAAGAUACGAAUCCAUUUUCAUACUCAAUCUCAAAAAUACCAUUGUUUAAUAUUGUUAUUAAUCCUUCUAAUGGAAAUAUUUUUGCAAUUGAUUGUCAUUGGAAUCUUUGUUUAUUUGAAGGAAAUAAAGUAGUUUUUCAACGAAAAUUAGAUGUUGGAGUUAAAAUACCAAUGCUUGAAAACUUCUUUUACUUUGAUAAAUUCGGAUUAUUAUGGAUUAAUUUAUUUCCUCAACACGGUGACUUAAUUUGUGUAGAUCCUUUAACUAUGGAGACACAUUAUAGAGUAUCAUUUGCUUCUGCCUCGAAAAAAUACAAUUUUAUCACUGUUUGCAAAGAAAUCAUUCCUCUAACGUUAAAUAAUACAACUAUUGGAUUUGCAGGCUCAUUUAGAGAUCGAGGAUUAGUAAUAUUCUCUUUUGACUUCGUACAGUCUAGAAAUUUCCAUAAUUCAAAACUUUCAAAAGAUAUGAAUUUGAAACAGAUAGGAAAUAGACUUUACACAUGGUCAAGCAAAAGAUUUAUUGUAGCUUAUGAGCUUAACCCUCAGAUUCCAUUGAUAGAACCUUGUAAUUUUGUAGAUAAUCAAGAUAAGAUUUUAGCUCUUGAAGGAAUUGUUGAUCCAGAUAUCUUGGUAGUAACUUCUACAGCUAGUAUCAAAAUCUACUUAACAAAGAAGAAUGAAUUUCAACUAAAUUAUCCAUCAAAUAAAAUGUCUUCUCAAGAAUUGAGAUUUGCGAACAAAAUGCUUGGAAAUCCACAGUUUACUCAGAGUAGAAGAGAAUUUUCUCUAUUAACAAUUAUACCAACUACUCUUUUUUUCAAAAAUAUUAGCAUUACAAAAUUUUCUCAAAAAUUAGCUUUCCUUUGCAUGAUAUCAGUAACAGGAACUGUUUUAUCAUAUGUUGUCUCAUUGGAAUCCUUCCAAACUCCUGCAAUUGAAUUUGAUGGCUUUGAUUACACAGAUAAACAAGAAUUUGCUAAGUUGGCUGUUCAAGAAUUCAGUAGGAUAUUCCCAGAAAUGCAGCAAAUCAAUGUAGAUUACAUUUCUAGAAAAUCAAAAGCUGAAUAUUUUGACAGUAAGAUCAUUGCUGGUAUGCUUUCGUUAAUGUUUAGUGAAUCAAAGAAGAAAUUCUCUCUAAUUGAUGCAAUACAAGGUGUUGAUUUAAGAUCUUCCAAUAAAUAUCUCACUCCUAUACCUCCAAAAUGCUUAUCUGUCUAUGAAAUAUUUCAUUUCUUCAUGAGAGCAGAUAUUGUUCCUGCUCCUCUUAUGACAUUUUCUUCUUUUUUGAUAAGAUUUUGUCCGGAUAAAUUGAAACCAGAAGGAGUGGCUCCAUGGUACAUUGAAAGACCACUUCCAGUAGUAACAACCGGUGCUUACAAUGCUAUUUCCGAUCAAUUCUUUACAAUUAAAGAAGUUAGUCAAACAAUUGAAAAAUUAAAUCCAGUUUCAACAUUGAAACAGCUUGCCUCUAAAUAUGUUAUAUCAGAUAUAACACAGUUAACCACCAAAAAGCUUUCUGCAAGCCAAUCUUGUUUAGUUGGUGAUCAAAUUAAACAAUUGAAUAAGAGAAUUGCGAAACUUUCUAAGCUAGAAGACAUUGUCAAACAUGAAAUUCUCAAGAGAUUGCUUUCAAACAUCUACGAUCGCCUGGUAAAACAAAUGAAUCUAAAUACAAGUGCAGAAACCGAAAGUUUGAUGCUAAACAAGAUUCGCCCACAAACAUCUAUGGAGAUUCCAAACGAAAUGAAGCAAAAAUACGUUGAUAAUCAAGAUUAUUAUCAAACUCCAAACAGAAAUCCUCUUUUGGAGAUCAAAAGACACAAAUCCAUUUAUGAAACAUGGUCAACAACCAAGUUAUUUGGCAGAGACUCAGAUAGCCACAAUUUUUUGAUGAAAUGGAUUUUGCCAAGAGGAUAUUUUGAUAAUAAUGCUGUUUGGAACCAUUUCAAGUUUGUUUCUAAUCUUUCCAAUGCAUCACAUUUCGUUUCUACCCAUGUUUACGGCCACAAAACAGAUGUUAUUAACAAAACUACUCAUUUAGUGGUAACUCAGAACACGAGAAGUCUUCCUUUGAGUCAUUUCCUUACUGUUCAUUCAUUCCUUGGCUCAACACAAAACAGAAUUUCAACUGCAAGAAUUAUAAUUUCAAAAAUCUUGCAAGCAUUGAAGAGAUUACAUGCCAGAAAUGUUGUUUGUAGGACAGUUGUUCCAUCAAACAUUUUCAUUGAUUCUGCAAACAAUACAACUCAAAUUGGCUCAAUUUUUGACUGCCAACACCUUCUUCCGAACAAAAGUUCCACUGUUUUACCACUUCCAAGUGAUUUUGCUCAGCCAUCGAAUCCAUUUCUUCCUCCAGAAUAUUAUCAUAAACCUCAAUACGAACAUACAACGAAAUUUGAUGUUUGGCAGAUCGGUGUUCUUCUUUUAUAUAUCUUAACAGGCAAUUUACCGCCAUCUUAUGGUACAGAAUUGCUUUCGAGGUUAAAUCAAAAUGAUAUUCCGAAAAGAGUUCGUUUUACACACGAUUUCAACCUCGAAGAACCACCUUUAUAUCCAGACAUUGGUUUCUUUUACGAUUGGAUGAAAGGAGCCACAGUUGUUCCUCCAACAGAGAGAAUGUACGGCGAAUGCGGCGAAAUUUUCUUUGUUUCGGAGCUAAACAAUCCUGCGACAUGUUUAGACAUCGAGUACUACAAGUUUGCACCAUUAAAUUGCAAAGAAGACCAAGAAGAACUCCAUAAAUUGAUAGAAGUCAUUGGUUUGUGUUUGCAAUUGGAUCCAAACAAAAGACCUACAGUACAAGAACUCAUUAAGUUCAAUGUAUUCGCGUCAAAAGGUGCAAGUCCUGAUUUACUCGAAGAAUACACUGCUUAUCCUGAUCCGAGAAUUUUUGUUUCUCAAUUUUUCAAUCCUGUUUUGGACAAUUUGACAACGAAAAACUUUUCUUUUGCCAUUGGAAUAUUGACUGCAUUGAUCUUCAACGACGACAUGAGUGAAGACGACAUUGCUUAUUCUUUUCCUUUAGGCAAGAAAGCAAAUCUUUCUGUCAUUUCUGUCCUCUUCAAAAAUCAUUUUCUUGACAUAAUUGUCAAAUUUGUGAUUGAAAAUUUGUCAAAAGAAAUGUCAAAAGAAAAUGUUGCAUACGGAUCAUCAUAUAACAAUGACAUUUUCAAUGACAUCUACAAGUUCUUUGACAAGUUCUUGAAGACAGUUGAACAUGGUCAAGGACCUUUGAUGAUGUAUGUAAAUGACAUUGUUCAAAGUUUGUAUGAAUUAUAUUGUUGUAAUUCAUUGAUGAAAUAUGAAACAUCUUUUCAGUUAUUGGAGUCUAAUGACUAUUACAAGGAUUCUUGUUGUUUGUAUAUUUUCAUGCACAACAAAUUAUAUAAUUUGAUUUUGUUUGCUGCUCAAGGUUCUUCUUAUAUUGCUAAUUGCAUCAAGAAGACAAAUGAACACAAUGAUGCUUAUUACGAACAAUUUAUUACAUUUUCUAACAAUGUUUAUUCAUUGGCUUAUUCCGUUGUUUUCGGAAAUGAAAAGCAGAAAUCAAACACUAUUAAAAACAUUGUUGGUUUCUGGAAUAACGGACAAAGUUUGCCAAUUGUUAGAUUGUUUAUUGAUUUCAAAGUUCCUCAGAAAAUUUUUCAAUGUGUCACUUUUGAUUCUUCACGAAAUGAUGCAACUUCUUUCUUAAUUGCAGCAUCGAAGACAACUUUGACACAUGAGGGCUCUUUUCCUCAUUAUUACAUACAAUUAAUACUGAGGAAUAUCAUCAUGAAAUCUGCUUGCAUCAUAUUUUUGAGAGAUCCAAAUGCAACUGACGGAAUUCGUCAGCCUCUGUUGGAAUGUAUCAAAAUGUUUUCUAAUUUCAAUAGUUUACAUGACACGAUGUCACUUUUUAUGACUGAUAUUAUAUCUUUUGUUUCUGAGAAUUCAUCGAAUGUUUUGUUUAGAUCGACCAUUGAGACAAUUAUUUCGAAGUGUUCUCCGAAAUUGAUGGAAGCAGUUUACCAAUCUCAGUAUUUGCAGAAGAUUUUCAAUGUUUUCUCUAUAGAAUAUGUUCCAAAAGUUGAUCUGAGAGUGUUCGCCGAAGAAUUGGAUAUCAAUGAUAAUCUGGAACUCACGAAACGUUUGUGCGCUUUGUUUUAUUUGAAACAAUCAACUUUACCAAGUGAAUUUUCAAAUACAAAGUUGCCUUUGUUGGAAACAACAAGAUACAUGAUUUAUUUGCUGCAAAAUAUUCCAAUUGAAGCAGAAAUGAUCCUGAAAAGGCAAACUGCAAAUCAAGAAAACGAUCAGAAAGGAAAGAAUUCGAGAAAAGAAAUUUCAUUUUCUCAAUUUUCUGCAAAAUCAAUUUUGUUGUUCAGAUUUUUGUUCAUUUUAUUCAAAAACAUGAUGAAAGCAACUCAAAACAAACCUCCUAAUGAUAUUCUUCAGUUUGUUUCCAACAAAUUACAAGAGGAAAUACCAAGAAGCAUUGAAAGUGAACAUCCAUCUCUUUAUGCUCAUCAUUGUUUGAGACAAAUUUCUUUGUAUUCAAUUUUGAGAAUUUCUGACAAUAAAAUGGUCAAUUCAUUAGUUGGACAAUACUUCAAUAUCAUUGUUAAAGAUAUACAAGCAUUGUCUAAUCUUACUGAGCCGAACAUGAUAACUCAUGUCACUGGUUCUUAUUCAUUACUAAAAUCACAAAGAAUCGAAAUGUUGAAAAAUUUAUUAAUUUUCAACAACAAUGCAAGUGAAAUGAUCCAAUACAUUGCAUGCAAGAUGCUUAAUAACGCAACAAUAUUCGAGGUACCAAUGUGGACUAAAUUAAGAGAUCAGUUGAUGUAUCCAAUAAGAAUUGAAGCUGAAGCAAUGUUUAGAAUUGUAAUUCAUCAAAAAAGUGACAUUUCUCAAAGUUUUGCUUAUAUUAUUGAAAAUUCGAACUUUUUGGAGAAUGAAAGGAAGUUAUCUGAUAUGCCAAAUAACGAACCUUUAGUCAGUUCAUCAUUAAGAAUAUUUAACACAAUUUUUUCAAGAUCCGAGUUAUUUACGCAACAUUUCUUGAAACAAUGUUCUGCAAUGAAGGAUUCGUUUACUUCAAGGUUCAAUCCUACAUGGAUCGAUGUAUCUUUCCUUGAUUUACUUCCACCGAAGAAACAGAGUAAUAAUGGAAGAUCUCAUAAGAAUUCUGGAUUCAAAGCUGAUUCUUGGAAGAGACCAAUAACAACAUUGGAUGGAAAACCGAGUGCACUUGUUUUUGCUCCUGGUUCAAAGCCAGUUACUAUAAUUCAAAAAUAA